GCAAACAUGGCACAAGCACCCACUGAUCCAAGUAAUGUGGAAACCCCUGACCCAGAGGAGAGUUCUCCAAAUAUGAUAGUCUACAGAAAGAUUGAAGACAUCAUUACGAGGAUGCAGGAUGACAAAACAGGUGGAGUUCCCAUCCGCACUGUCAAGAGCUUUCUGUCCAAAAUCCCCAGCGUUGUCACCGGUGCUGAUAUUGUGCAGUGGCUUAUGAAGAACCUCAGCAUUGAGGAUCCAGGGGAAGCAAUACACUUGGGAAGUCUUAUUGCUGCACAGGGUUAUGUCUUUCCAAUCUCAGACCAUGUUCUUACCCUGAAAGAUGAUGGGACGUUCUACCGUUUUCAGGCACCAUAUUUUUGGCCUUCAAACUGCUGGGAACCUGAAAACACAGAUUAUGCAAUCUAUCUUUGCAAACGGACCAUGCAGAACAAAGCUAGGCUGGAGCUGGCGGAUUAUGAAGCCGAAAACUUAGCAAGACUUCAGAGAGCAUUUGCAAGAAAGUGGGAAUUCAUCUUCAUGCAAGCUGAGGCCCAAGUGAAAAUUGACAGGAAAAAGGAUAAAACAGAAAGAAAGAUUUUGGACAGCCAGGAAAGAGCAUUCUGGGAUGUGCACAGGCCUGUGCCAGGCUGUGUGAACACCACGGAAAUGGACAUUAGAAAGUGUCGUCGUAUGAAAAAUCCACAGAAGGUGAAAAAGUCAGUGUAUGGGGUUACAGAGGAGUCUCAGCCCCAAAGCCCUGUACAUGUGCCCUCCCAACCUGUACGCAAAACUACAAAAGAGGAUUUCCGGAAACAAAUAACUUUUCUGAACAUGCAGAUAGAGAGACAUUGUUUAAAGAUGUCCAAAGUAGCAGAAAGUUUAAUAGCCUACACGGAGCAGUAUGUGGAAUAUGACCCCUUUAUAACACCUGCUGAGCCUUCCAAUCCCUGGAUAAGUGAUGAUGCAGCAUUGUGGGACAUUGAAAUGAGCAAAGAACCUAGUCAGCAGCGUGUGAAAAGAUGGGGUUUCUCCAUGGAUGAGGUGCUGAAGGACCCAGUAGGACGAGACCAGUUCCUUCGUUUCCUGGAAUCAGAAUUCAGCUCUGAAAACCUCAGGUUUUGGUUGGCUGUUCAGGAUCUCAAGAAACAACCUCUCCAGGAUGUAGCCACCAGAGUGGAAGAAAUCUGGCAAGAGUUUCUAGCUCCUGGGGCUCAAAGUGCUAUCAACCUGGAUUCCCACAGCUAUGAGAAAACAAGCCAAAAUGUCAAAGACCCAGGGAGAUAUACAUAUGAAGAUGCACAGGUUUGGUUUUGAUUUCAUGGAACUACUGAUAAUAAACCUUUCAGUUUUACUGUGAUAUUCCACUAUCACAUUGUCACUGCUCACUUGUAAGAAAAAGGAGACUCACAGUUUGAAGUGACUUUGAGGAUAUCUGCUCAA